AUCUCGAUCUCGAUCUCAGCCUCUCCCUCAGGACGAACACCCGACGCAGCGCCCGCGCACUUGCUCCUCUGCUCCUCGCACACAGCCACGCGCUGCAGCCUGCAGCAGAGGCGAUGGCUCAGGGAAGGGGCAGUGCAGCACAGCUGGGGCUCGCCCUCGGCCUGCUCCUCGCGUGCCUCCUCCUCGGCGCAGACGUCGCCGCCGCCGCCACCUACAACGUCGACUGGUCGUUCGGCGCGGACAGCUGGUCCAAGGGCAAGAACUUCCGCGCCGGGGACGUCCUCGUGUUCAGCUACGACCCGUCCGUGCACAACGUGGUGGAGGUGGACGCCGGCGGCUACAGCGGCUGCCGGGAGUCCGGCACGAAGUACAGCUCCGGGAACGACCGCGUCACGCUCGGCCGCGGCACGAGCUACUUCAUCUGCAGCAUCUCCGGCCACUGUGGCGCAGGGAUGAAGAUGGCCGUCACGGCCAGCUGAAGCCGUGGCAGCACACUAAAAACCCAAAAGCCGGGGCCGCUGCCGCUGCCGCUGCCGCUCUAGCUUCUAGCUAUACAUAUUUACAUGUGUCGUCCGAACAACAAUAACUCAAUAAGCGGCAGCACUGCCUCAUGCAUACGUGCAAGUCUUGCUGCCGCUGCGUCACAAACUAUGCAACCAUAUAUACAUGUGUGUCAUAUAGGGAGGGUGCCAGGGUGGUAGGUGAGGCAUGAGUGAUGUGUGCUUGUAUGUAUGCUCAAAAGUCAGAAGUUGAUUACUAGUAAAGCACAUCGGCUUGUUUGCA